GGGGACGCAUCAUUGCCAUUUUAGGAGCAGUGAAAAUGAAAUUUCACCACUUCUAGAUCUAGAUCGCCGAGGGUCGGGUCUUCCUCGGGAGCACCAGUUUCGGCUAUUGGUCAUUUAAUUUAGAGUUGACUCAGUAGAUAGACGUUGUGCGAGUUUUCCAAAAGGCCAAGCCCCAAGCCAUUCGCAGUGACUUCCUUCGGCGGAGGGGCGCAGGACCAUGAGUGGUCGCAUCUGAUAAGAAAUCGAAAGUGUUUUUGAUAAUUUAGUGCCAUUGUUCGAUAAAAUUUAAAUUCAAACGUCGACAAACAUGAAAGCGGAAGUUCUACUACAAGGACUGUUGGUGGCUGCAGCAAUUGUCGGAAAUGUUCGAACUGGAACAGUAGGAAUAAGUGCAUACGCAAAUGUGCCGACAGGAAAAGAUGAAUUAAUUCAACGAAAUUCCACAAAUAACUUGGACGUGAAUCAAGGCACCGGACGUGCCAGCAUCGGAGGGUACCAGUUCCCUUACAACGGAUUCCUCAGCAAACCGAUAGGUUAUCGUACCAGUAGCUACCAGGAUAGCUACAAAUCCCCAAAGUAUAUCGUCUAUCCCAGCAAUUAUCAAUCGGUAGACGAUGGCUCAAUGCAGAAGAAAAAUAAUAUGGCCAUGGAUCGAUUUGCCCCUGGAGAGGCCUAUGGUGGAACCGUUUACAAAAUAUUGAAAGCCAAACAAAAAGGAUAUCAGUAUCCAAAACCCAGUGGUCCGGCUUUGGACGAUAGCGCGCCGAGCUCCGCAAAUGCUCCCUCGAUGCCUUCGGCUCCAGCAGCAACUACAGUGCAAGCACUUCCACCUCCAAUUACACCGCCACAGCUUCCUCCAAUCAUUGUAGCUCCGACGCCUGUUCCAACCCUAAAAGCAGCAGAUGUCAGCAAUUCAGCAGCUCCCGUAAGCAGUUACCUGCCACCCUCACUGACCGAGCUACACAAAUUCCCACCAAAUAGCGACCUCAGUUGGAACUCCGAUAUGGAUGCACCCAGCUACAGUAGCAUGCUCAGUAGCUAUCUGGGACCUGAGCCUCCAAACGGCACCUCCGCGGAAAAUGACGAUAUGGUUGGUACGAUUGCCGUUGGACCUGGACAUCCUCAGUAUCUGCCUCCGAACACAAACUAUCUCCCUCCGCAGAUGAUGGACACCGCACCCAAAGCCAUGCCCCAAAUGGACUCGAUGCCUCAAAUGGCUCCAAUGUCAGCGAUGGCUCCGAUGGCCCCAAUGGACCCGAUUCCACCGGAAAUGUUCCAGUUUAACGGCUACCACGACUAUCCACCGGAAUAUUGGUUCGAUCCACAUCAUGAUGAAACUACCACUACAACAACAACCGCAGCCCCGGCACCGGUUAACGUUGGAAGCCCCCGAGUCAAGAACUACAGCUACUACUACAUCAGUCGAACGCUGUGGUACGUUCCACUGUACUUCACCCUAUACUUCUGUUUCUACGUGCUGAUUUUAAUCCUCCGAUCGAUUGCCAGACACAAGGUCAACAUUCCCAAUCAAUGGGUAGGAUCGCGAUCCUUCGACACGAUGCCUAGGUGGAACAAUGAACAGGUGAUGCACAAAACCAAUGUGAUGACCAGCUUCGUGAUGCGACAGAUUGAAGAUUUCGCACAAAAGUACUAUAACCCAGAGAAGGAGGAAUAGCUGUCGAUCGUCGUGACGUUAGGUUAAGACUAGAACCAAUUAUUGCUCAUUAGACAUUGCUUCAACGUCAAAAUCAGCCGAAUCAGGUCGUGUUGAAGAAUGUUUACUGAACAAUGAA